AGUAGUAAAUCAAUAUUUCAACCAAAAUAUAGGAGCAAAGGAGUAUUUUUCAGACUUGCUAAAAACAGUGAGAUGGACUCUUGUUCUUGGGGCCUGGGGGUUGUGAUGGGCCUUUUUUCUGUUUGGGCCUUCUCUCCCACGUGGAUAUGGUGUGGAGGGCCCAAAAAAAGCAAGAAUCUUGAAUGGGAAUUUUGGAUCUGGAGUGAGGGUACUCCCGUAAUUUACUUCUCUUCUACGGGAUAGAGUUGAGUCGAAUCGAGCAAAGGYCCCAACUGGAAGCUCCAAUUUCCAAGUAAAAGAAAAACUUUUUCCUUCCUGUUUUCUGUUGCAUGAUUCAUGAACGCACCCCAAAGCGUUCUCUUUGCCAUCUUGAAACUCAAAUUGCUGCUCCAUUUUCCAUUUGCUGCAUCUUUUCUUUAUGUUCAAGCAGUAAUUCUAAUUGGGUCUGCGGAUAAAUGGCGGGUGAUGAAACCAGAUCGGUUUUCGAUUGGGAAAACUUCCCGUCCUCGAAUUCCUCUGUGUCUCCUUCCGCAUCUCGACUGCGGAAAAUCGAAUUGAAAGAAUGGUCAAUGGUGGUGAUCACCGAUUCUCGUCCGAAUAAUGAUUUCUCCGUCUUCCCACCUUCAAAUCACGAGAAUCUGCACUGCCCAUCGAAUGAAGAAGACGAACGAGGAAGCCCAGUUUCGUUUCAAUCGAGUUCGCCAUCAACGUCGUUUAGGUCGUCCCAGUCAUCGUCAUCGUUCUCAUCUUUCUCAUUUUCUGAUGACGAGACUUCACACUCACAUUCACCGAAGCCAUCUGAUUGUCAAAUUCGAAAAUCCAUGGCGGCCUCUAGGUGGAUGGUAUAUGGGGUUCAGAUUCUGCGCGCGAGGAUUACUGCAAUGGCUUCCACAAUUUGGUCCAAUACCGCGCGUAGAACGGCUUUUUGGGUGUUUUCCCCUGCCGGAAGGAUUGCGUUAGUCGUGACUCUCUGGUGGCUGUACAAGAGGGCUCGUCAGCGGCGUCUGCGUCAAAGUUCCGAGCAAUUAAGGAUGAUAAUCAAGGAGAAAGACAAGAAAAUCAGUCAACUACUGCAACAAGUUGCACAAUUGAAUGGAUUGCUGUUAGCCCAACAGAAAGUUCUGCCUUCAAAUUAGAAAAUCCAUCAAGGUGGGGGGAGUGUUUAACUUGUAUAUCAGAGAAGAGGCCGCAUCAGGAGUUGCAGCUAUUUUGAACGCCUUGUGUUUAGGCUCGAAUUCUUGUUCACAUUCACUAUAAUUCCAUUAGCACAAAAUUUUACUGAGAAAGAAGCUCCUGCUUUGAGCUUCAGUGCUAGACCUUUGAAGCACAGACCAAGAAUAUCAGGAUGACACCAUGUCCACCCCGAACGACAUGAAUGGUUGGUGCUGCACAAAAACAGAUUAUCAUUUCAGAGCUGGAAUAUAUACAGAUGACUUAUAUUGAUUUCUUUGUAUUUGUUGGUGUCUAUAGAAUUGUAUGCCAUUCCUAGUUACCUGGUUUACUUUAAUUGGCAUGUUUUGCUUAUGCUCCACC